AUGAUCGCUGCGGUGUAUGGCGAGGGCAUGGGAGGCUCCAGAGAAUUCAUCGACUACUUAUGUGAAGAAGGAGGUGACAUUGAGAGCAAAUCUUUUUGUAAUCAGAGCUGUUUGCAUGUGGCAUUCGAGACUGGCAAUGAGCAGACCAUCAGCGCUGUUCGCAGCCACAUCUGGGAGAAGCAGCUGCAGCGGACCCAGGAGCUGCCCGAGCAAGAGGCGGCGGAGGCCCUGGAGGCCGUGGAGGUGGCCAUCACCGCCACGGGCGCCACACCCUUGGAGGUGGGCAUCGAAGGGUGCCGCAUGAAGAAGGACGCCUUGGCCAGAGCUGCGGCACCCACCAUUGGAAGCAUGAAGGUCUUCAUCCACAAAGCGCCGGAGUGCAUCCCCAGCUUUACCUCCCGCUUGCGCGAAACGAUGUCUGAAGGGGAGUUGUCGGCGCAGUUGUCACAGAAAUUCUCGGUCGAGGACAUCGCGCGUUUGCUGCAUGACUUCCCAGACGCAGCGGCCACCCUGUUGGAAGCAGCCACUUGCCAGCCACGGGUGGAAAGCCCGGGGCGGCACCCUUUGCCUGCGCGGAUUAGCUUCACCUCGAGCUGGCUGCAGAAGUGGUUUAAAACGUCCAUGCCUUGCCUCUAUUUCUACACCCACGAGGCUUCUUGGAGCUUCGACGAAUCUUGUAGUCAAGCGCCCCACUGGCACCAACGGCUCACCGACCUCAAGGAGCCACCGAUGCGCGACACAAAGAUCCAGGUCUGUAGCAUUCCGGACCUCAUCUCUCCCAUCUUCUUCUCAGCCAUCUUGAGUGGUGAUGAGUCGCUCUUCCUCUUCAACUGCGUUGCCGUGCGUGCUGCUGUUGGAUACACAUUUUGGAACGGCUCGGCAUGUGUGGAAGCUGUGCAAACAUCCAUCUCUGCUUGGGGCUUGGUCUUGCUGGUGUUGGAGACCUUGAUGUCUCAUGAGGAGAUUCCAGGCCUUCAAUCGACCACGGGACUUUCUGCUGUGUUUGAGCCUAGCUUUGUCAAGGAGGGCAUCACAACAGGAGUUGUAGCAGAUUGGAUCAUUGCCAAAGGCCUGGUGGAUGUAUUCCUUGAAUUGGCCGAACUGGCUGGCUGCUACGCCAGCAUGAAGGGCCUCGGCAGCUACUUCCGCCCGGGGAACUUCUGGGAUGUCACACGGAGCCUUCUUCCAAUUCUACUUUUGUGGCAUUAUGAAUCACGUGCUCUCCAAGUCUGCGUGAUUUUGAUCUAUUGGAUGCGAUUGCUUGAGGGUGUCAUGCUCUCUCGGCAAAUUGGCUAUGCAUUCUUACCACUCCACAAGCUGGCUGCCGGCCUGCUACCAGCCAUCAGCUUCACAUUGCUGGGCUUUUGUGCCUUCUCGCAUGCAAUGUAUGUUGUGCGCACGCGUGCAGACGAAUGGUGGCCGCAGACCUUGUGGCACAGCUUUACCACUCUCAUCACUCAAGGAUUGCCGAAAGAUCCGCCGGAGGAUCAGUUGGAACUCAUUGUGCUGUAUGGAAGUGUGCUUUGUGUUAAGAGAUCAGCCGCCUUUGUGUUUGGAGAGCUUGUUUUGCCGGACCCCGGCCGUGUCCCAUCGGUGGAUGUGCUGCGGGCCCUGUCGUUUUUUCUUCUCGGUGAGGUGCUUUUCUUCUCGGUCUUUGUGAUGAAUAUCUUCAUUGGUGUCAUCAGUGAGCAGUACGCAAGUGAGAAAAAGCAAGUCCAUUUGGCCUUUCAAAGCUUGCGCGCUUCUUCCUGUUUGACGUUCCUCAUGCGGGUCAGUGUCAUCCCCUGCUGUUGGCUUACGAAGGAAACAGCUGCCCUCAUGGCUUCGGGUUCAGUCAUUCUGGCCUUCACACUUCAAGUUUGUGCACUUUGCUAUGGCUGGCAGCUUCCAGGAAUCUUUCAGCUCAUGGUCUUCAUUGGAUGCCAGCUCACGAUCUUUUUGUCUUCGCUUCAAUGCAAGGGCAGCGACAACCCCUGGACCGCCUGGACGAACAGCAGCCUUUUGAUGCGCCCAUUGACCCGCCAGAAGCGCUACUUGUGGAUUUGCACCUGGGAUUUCUGCGACGAGGCCAAGACAGCUGCCUUGGAGCUCAGCCGCGAGGAAGACCCGGAGCACCUACUGGAAAAGCUUCGUAUGGUGGUGCGCAAGUCGGUGGAACUGGACACGACGGAGACCACGCUGCCACACGGCACGGGUCCCACGCUCCUGCAGAACCGCCGCCAGGGCGACACAAGGAACUUGCCGCUGAAGUGGCGAAACCGCUGA